AAUUCGCCACGUCAUAAGACCGUUGGCAAUUCAAAUUUGAAAACCGUCCUAUCCGCUUAAACCCACCGUCAUUCCAAGAAAUAAAUAAAAAAAACUCAACCACAAACAAGAAUCAAGAACAAAUCAAAACAAGAAAUGAAAUCAAAUCAAGCGGCAGCUUCAUCUUCCUCAAAAUCCACCAAUUCUUCCUCCACAACAAUGGAAGACAGAGACAGCUGUUAUUAUCCAGGCUGCAAAAAAGACGCCAAUUGCAACUGUGAAAUUUGCUUAGCAAGCAUCAAUGCCACUCUUGACCUAAUUCAAAACUCUUCCCUCACUAAGCUCUCCGUUUCGCGUCCUAAAAUCGCGAGCACUCCUGUUUCAUUUCGUCCUUCGAUUUUGUCGACACCCAGUUCAAAUUCUUUCACCGAUUUGGACUCUCCACCCCUCAAAUCAACGGCUAGGGUGAAUUUUCGUGAGAAGAAUGAGGAGGCGAAGAAGCCGAAGAAGAAGAGGGGGUCCGAGUGUGGAUUUGGAUGGUUCUUUUUGAGGUUGGUUUCCGGUUUGAGCUUGUUUUUUGUAGUGGAAACUGGGGUUUUACCAGAAAUUUCUAGGGUUUUAAAGCCUGCGUUGUCUGAUGAUUUGGUGAGAAAAAUUGGAGAGAGGUCUUGGGUUGUGCAAGAUUUAAGUGGGAAAUUGAGAUUCUUGCAGAAUGAAUUUAACGGCAUUGUUGAUGACAAGAAGUUUUCGGAUUGCAGCAAUAAAGACUCAAUUUGGAAAAUCAAUCAGGAUGGUUUGCCGUUGAAUUCACAAUGCGUGUUGUACAAAUCAGCAACGGAAGAGGUGAGAAUUUGGGGCUGGCCUUUACAGACAGCAGGAAUGAUCAAAACAGGACUUUCUUCGCGAUCAUUUACUGUAUUAUCAGGCAGAUUAACUGAGUGGUCAGAUGGAGUAACCGGAUACUCGGUUCGAAACACGAACAAUUCUUGGGUUCACAAGAAACUGGGUUCAUCAGUGGUCCAAUUAGAUCCGAGUACAUGGGUUUUGGAGUAUUCCCGGAGCUCGAUCCUGGAUUGUCCGAGCUUAGCUUCAUCAGUAGCAGAGCUCAUCAAGUGGUGGAGUUCAAGAGUGAUAACAAGGAUUAAGCAAGAAUUCUGGUGGUUCUCAAUUGUUGAAGACAGAUAUAGUAAUUUUAGAGCACAAGACCAUAUCAUGAUCCCAACUUAACGGAACUGGCUGAUAUCAGAUGCAUUUUGUCUUAGAUUUAGCUCUCAUUUCUUGUGAGAUAGGUUAUUUCAUAUUUAUUUCAUUUUUUUUCUUCCUCUUGAUUGAACAUGGUUCUUUAUGAAAUGCCACAAGAUGACAGAGUAUCAUGGUAUGAUGUUCAAUCACUGAAUUGUAAAUGCUGAAUUGAUGCUAUGAUUUUUACUAAAGAUAAUUUGAUUGUUUUA